GGGAGCCUUAUUCCCGGCCGCGCGCUGGGAGCGCUCAGUCUGCCCCGGGAGCUGCACGCAGCACGCGGCUCRUCGGCCUGACAGAGGUGCAAGGGCUCAAGCCGACAGCGGACUGACUGUGAGCAGACAGUGGCUCAGCGGCUGCGUGCUGUGCGCGGGUCCCAGCUAGGCUUGCACCAGAGGCGGGCAGCACACGGUGCCCGGGGGAAUCUCCUGCGCUCCGCCGCCUGGCUCCGGUACCGGUGCCCGGUGGCCGCCGCCUCCAAAGUGAUUGCCGCCUUGCCGUCCCCACCGGGUUCGGGACCAUGAAGCUGCUGCCGUCGGUAGUGCUGAAGAUCUUUCUGGCUGCAGUGUUCUCGGCGUUAGUGACUGGCGAAAGCCUGGAGCGGCUUCGGAGAGGGCUGGCGGCUGGAACCAGCAACCCGGACCCUCCCACUGGAUCUACGGAGCAGCUGCUACCCACGGGAGGCGAUCGGGCCGGAGAAGUCCUGGACUUGGAAGAGACAGAUCUGGACCUUUUCAAAGUUGCUUUCUCCUCCAAGCCACAAGCUCUGGCCACACCAAGCAAAGAGGAGCAUGGGAAAAAAAAGAAGAAAGGCAAGGGGUUAGGGAAGAAGAGAGACCCGUGUCUUCGGAAGUACAAGGACUUCUGCAUACAUGGAGAAUGCAAAUAUUUAAAGGAACUUCGGGCUCCAUCAUGCAUCUGUCACCCAGGCUACCAUGGAGAACGGUGCCAUGGGCUGAGCCUCCCGGUGGAGAAUCGCUUGUAUACAUAUGAUCACACUACUAUUCUGGCUGUGGUGGCCGUGGUGCUGUCGUCUGUCUGUCUGCUUGUCAUUGUGGGACUUCUCAUGUUUAGGUACCACAGGAGAGGAGGUUAUGAUGUAGAAAAUGAAGAAAAAGUGAAGUUGGGCAUGACUAAUUCCCACUGAGUGAGACCUGUGCUUAAGGAAUCUGUGGGGGAUGGCUCCCUCUGAGAAGACACAAGUUCUCUGCAAACUCUGCAGAGGGAAAGGACUUCCCAACUAGCCAUGAAGACUUCUUUGUCCCCAGUUGCUAUCUCUAUCGGGCCUCGCAUCAUUGCUUUGCCAAAAUACCAGAGCCUUCAAGUGCCAAACAGAAUAUAUCCAGUGGGAUCUGGAUCAGAAGAAAGUAAAAGUGAUCAAAAGAAAAGCAAAAGCAAGGAAACUUCAGGCCCUUCUGAUUCCCUUCCACCAAAUCCACUUCCCCCAUCAGUUUGUUUAGACACUUAUUCUGGAUUAAAAUGCCAGUUAAAUUCCAUAUGCUCCAGGAUCUUUGACUGAAAAAGGAAGAAGGAGAGGAAGAAGGAAAGUUUUGUGGACUGGAAGAAAGCAAUGAAGAUUGAGAAGCCAUGUACUCAAAUAGCCACCAAGGGAUCUGCUAUUUGGACCCUCCAGCGCUGGAUUUGAUGAGCUAACUGUGAAAUGCCACAAGCCCGAGAACUCUGAAUUUUGGGACUUCUGCCCAGAUGAAAAGAUAACAACUAUUUUUUUUUUGUUAUUGUUUGUUUGUAAAAUGCCUUUUAAAUUAUAUAUUUAUUUUGUUCUAUGUAUGUUAAUUUAUUUAGUUUUUAACAACCUAACAAUAAUAUUUCAAGUGCCUAGACUGUUACUUUGGCCAUGUUCUGACCCUCUUUCUUGCAUCCCCACCAUCUGGCUCAAUGCCACACUCCUGAAGCAAAUAUGAGAUGGUUCUGUGACCCAUCUGUAGUAAUUUAUUGUCUGUCCACAUUUCUGAAGAUCUCCCAGUUUCACUGUGCCCCAGGGAUGUUCUGUAUGGUUGGGAUGUAGGGGUUAACUCGGUCAGAGCCACUCUAUGAGUUGGACUACAGUCUUGCCUAGGCAACUUUGUCUACCGUUUGUGUUUUUGCAAGCCCAAGGUGCUGAUGUCAACGUGUAACAGAAAACAGUGUUUCCCUGUGUUCUCUCCCUGCCACAUCUCAGAAGAGAUGGAGCAUCCAUGCCUACAGCUUUCCUGUACCCUCGUCCCCAGCCCUGGACCUACAGAGCGGGGACCCACUCCCUUGUGUCAAGACAUUUCUCUUACUCCUGCCAUUCUUCUGGUGCUACUCCAUGCAGGAGUCAGUGCAGCAGAGGACAAUAUAGAGAAAGUAUUAGCAAAGAAAAAGACUGAGGAGGAACAGGGAACGUUGGAGUUGAUUUUUCUUGGUAAUUGAUUACCUACCAGUUACUACAGAGAAGGUUGGUGGUGGGGAAGGCUUUUGGGUAACCCCACCUAUCUCACCAAAACUACAAAGGUAUGCUGUAUGGUCCCUUCUGGAAGUUUCUGGUGCCAUUUCUGAACUGUUACAACCUGUAGUUCCAAACAUGGUUCAUAUUUAUACUUUGCAAUCCAAAUAAAGAUAAUCCUUACUCUGUA